CUUGAUGAAGCAACCGAUAGUAAUAAAAGAUGCAUAUUUAAUAUGUUAUGUUCGGUUUAUGGAUGGAGUAGAUAUUAUAGAUGAAUUAUUAUUUUGUACAUCUAUAUUAAGUGGUACUAAAGCUAAAGACCUAUUUGAUAUCACCAAUAAUUUUAUGGAUCAUAAUUAUAUUAAAUGGGAAAACUGUUUGGGUGUGUGUACAAAUGGAGCUCGAGCUAUGUCUGGUCAGUACGGUGGACUUCAGGCUUUAAUUCGACAAAAAGUUCCAGAAAUUAUAUGGACUUAUUUUAUAAAAGUAGUCAACUAUGUAAAAACAAGACCUGUUAAAGCAAGAUUUUUUCAAAAACUGUGUGAAGAAAUGGGAGCAGAACAUACAACAUUACUGUUUUACUGUAAUUCUAGAUGGCUAUCAAAAGGUAAUGUACUUUCAAGAGUAUUCGAACUUAGACAAGAACUUUAUUCUUAUUUAAAUGGAGAAGGUAAAGAAACUCAUAUUCUACAACUAUACGAUAAGAUAGUUGCUUUUUUCAAAAAAUUCAACUUAUGGAAAAGAAAAUUAACGGAAGAAAAUGGCAAAACCACUUGUUUUCCACUUCUAAAAUAUUUUCUUGGAGAGAAUGAUCUUCAAUUACCAAUGAGUUUAAAUACAACAUUUUAA